AUGGGCAAAGCUAUUUCUCCAAGACCUGUAUCAACUGCUGCCAGCAACGUAUGCCUCAAUAGGCCAUCACCAAAAUCAAUCAAGAUAUGUCGUAGAAAUGACGAAGAAGAAUCUGGCAUUUCUGAUCUUCUGGCUAAGUUGAAAUCCGUCGUUCCGACUGUUUCGGGAACGAAUGUUGAAGAACUUAGCUCUUUAGAAAUUAUGCAACAUGCGAUCGACUACAUCUACGAUCUUAGUUCAACUUUAUCGGAGGCUGACGAAGAUGACAGUUUGGUGUCAUCAAAGGGUAAAUUGAUCAAACGCCGAUUACAUAAAGAAUGCUAUCAAGAUAUGGUACGUUUUGACGCCGACGAUCGGGCGCAAUGUACGCGAGAAGAAGGCGAGUUGAAAAUCGACAAGAUCCGUGAGGGAAACACGGUGAUCAGAGUUUGUCGAGAUGUUCAACACCCGAUCAAAAGUCAUUUACACGAGGCAUUCAUUGGCGUUCACCUGUAUGAAAUAUCAUAUUUGACGAGAAGAAAGAUUGCUGUGUUUAUUCGAACAUUGUUUAGUUUUGUUUAUCUGAUGUUUGUAUUAAAAUUCCAUUGACGCAUUUCGCAAGUUUAUAUGUUCAUUCUAGUUGGGAUCAACAACGCUUAUACAUUUCCAUGAACUUCAACUACAUUCCUUUGUUUCUUAUAUUUUCAUUUUUAUAUUUGAACUGUAUAAUUUGUUUUCUUCGCAAUAAAUUGUAUUGAGUCAGUUAAAAA